UGCGAGGUACUUGCUCUCUGUGGCCUUCGCAAGUACCCGCAACAUGCCCGAGUGGAGCAGUGCAUGCGUCUCCUGCUAAUUCCAGAGGAGCUCAAGAUGGCUCUCGGAGAACAAGGCUACGUCGUGAACAGGAAGAAGAAGAAAAUGAACACGAAGAAGAAGAAGGUGACGAAGAAGAGUCUAAGACGUCGUGAAGAAGAAGAUGAUGAAGGAGAGUUCAAGACUUCGAGAAGAAGAUGA